AUGAAAAUGCAGGCUGGCACUGCCUCAGGCCAUGAGGACCGAGGUCUGUCGCUUUGGGUUGUUAACAGUAUAUUCAUCGGACUAGCGACUCUAGCGGUCAUCGCGAGAUUCGUUGCAAGAAAGCUGAAGAACCUAGUCCUCGCCGCCGAUGAUUGGGCAAUUCUUAUUGCAUUGGCUUUGCUUUUGACACUGACUGACGCCAGUAAGUUGCUUGACUGGGUACUGUAUGGCCUGUUUAUUGCAUGCAGAGGAUAUGGGCUCGGAAGGCACAGAGAGGUGGUCCCAGAGGCUGAUAUCGCUGUGUUUCUUCAGCUACUGUACUACUUCCAGAUCUUCUAUAUCCUCGCGCCGCCGACCGUGAAGCUGUCGCUUUUGCUGCUGUAUCGUCGCAUCUUCCUAUCCUCCCGGUUCCUCAAGAUUGUGUACACCAUCGGUGCAAUUGUUAGUAUAUGGGCUAUCAUCAUGACCUUCCUAGCCAUCUUCAACUGCAAACCAAUCAGUGCGUUCUGGACCGGCCAGGGAGAAUGCAUCCCAUUUAAGCAGUUCGCCAUCGGAUAUGCCAUCGUGAACAUCAUCACCGACCUAGCAGUAUGGCUCAUGCCAAUCCCGAACAUGUGGAAGCUGCAGCUUCCGACCGCCCAGAAGGUGGCUCUAACACUCAUCUUUGUCCUUGGCCUUAUGUAUGGACCCCUCGGCCCCCUAGGUGGCUGA